UGGGCAGACUGCAUCCCAGAUCUUUCAUGGGACCAGGCGGUCACAUGAUUUUUACUUCCGCAACUUGUGAUGCUGUUCAUUGAAAAACACCUCAGUACACUCAGUGGGAAAUCCUUGGCUAGAUAUCUGAUUUUGUUGGUGUUUGCGGCUCCUGUUAAGAAGUUUUAAUAUAGCAACAUCCCAGCACUAGCUGUGAGAGAGACUCAUCAUGUCGGUGCUCCGAUUUAACAGCGUCUUUCUGCUGCUGCUGGUGAUGAUGUUUGGACACUCUAUCGGGACGUCUCCAUCAUUCAGCGUGGACUACGAAAACAACUGUUUCCGUAAGGAUGGAGAACAAUUUCGUUACAUAUCAGGGAGCAUCCACUACAGCAGGAUACCCAGGGCCUACUGGAAAGACCGGCUGCUGAAGAUGUACAUGGCAGGACUGAACGCCAUCCAGACCUACAUUCCCUGGAACUACCAUGAAGAGACUCCUGGCCAGUACAAUUUCAGCGGAGACAGAGAUGUGGAAUAUUUUCUUAAGUUGGCUCAGGACAUCGGUCUGUUGGUGAUCCUUCGUCCAGGGCCGUACAUAUGUGGAGAGUGGGACAUGGGGGGUCUGCCCGCAUGGCUUCUCAAUAAGAAAAACAUUGUGCUGCGAUCGUCUGACCCUGAUUACAUUGCAGCCGUGGACAAAUGGAUGGGGAAGCUGUUACCCAUGAUGAAGCCUUACCUCUACCAGAACGGUGGUCCCAUCAUCACUGUACAGGUGGAGAAUGAAUAUGGCAGCUACUUUACCUGUGACUACAACUACAUGCGUCACCUAACCAAACUGUUCAGAGCUAAACUGGGAGAUGAGGGGGUGCUGUUCACCACAGAUGGUGCCGGGGUGAAUUACCUGAAGUGUGGCUCAAUACAAGGCCUCUAUGCCACCGUAGACUUUGGUCCCAGUGCAAAUAUAACUGCUGCCUUUGCGGCACAGCGACAUGCUGAACCUUAUGGGCCUUUGGUGAACUCUGAGUUUUACACUGGAUGGCUGGACCACUGGGGAUCCCGUCACUCUGUUGUGUCGUCCGCUGUUGUGGCCAAGUCCCUCAGCCAGAUGCUGGCUGUAGAAGCAAAUGUUAACCUGUACAUGUUCAUAGGCGGGUCAAACUUUGGCUACUGGAAUGGCGCAAACUCCCCGUAUGCUGCACAGCCCACAAGCUACGACUAUGACGCCCCUCUGUCAGAGGCAGGAGAUCUCACAGAGAAAUACUUUGCCAUCAGAGACGUUAUCAGAAUGUACAGUAAGGUACCGGAGGGACCGAUUCCACCAACAACGCCAAAGUAUGCGUACGGUUCGGUUACGAUGCAGAAGCUCCAGACGGUGUUGAGUGCCGUAGAAACGCUGUCGUUCUCAGGUCCAGUUAAAAGCACCUAUCCUCAGACAUUCACUGACUUAAAUCAGAGCUUUGGCUUUGUUCUGUACAGAACAACUCUGCCUUUUAAUUGUAGCCAACCCACCCCUCUGUCAUCGCCUCUGAAUGGGGUCCAUGACAGAGCGUAUGUGUCAGUGGAUGGGGUGGCAGUAGGGGUUCUGGAAAGGAACAAGGUCUUGAGUGUGAAUGUGACGGGAAAUGCUGGAAGUCAGGUGGACAUCCUGGUGGAAAACAUGGGCCGAAUCAACUAUGGAAAAGACAUCAAUGACUUCAAGGGCCUGGUCUCCAAUCUUAAUCUGGGACAAACCACCCUUACCGGCUGGACCAUGUACAGUCUCAGCAUCGACGAGGCGGUCAGACAGGGCCUUCUCGGAGAACAAUCUCCCACACAAAGAGACCCAGGUCAGCCUGCGACUCUUUCGCUUCCCGCUUUCUACAAUGGAAGCUUCAUCAUUCCUGACGGUAUUCCUGACCUCCCUCAAGACACUUAUGUCAAGCUGCCAGGCUGGAAGAAGGGGCAGAUCUGGAUUAACGGUUUUAAUUUGGGGCGUUACUGGCCCGCUCGUGGCCCUCAGGUGACACUUUUUGUGCCUGCCAGCAUCCUGAGCACAGCAGCACCCAACAAUGUGACCGUCCUGGAGCUGGAAGCAGAUCCAUGCAGCUACCAGCCAUGCACAAUUGAGUUUACAAACACCCCGAUCCUCAAUGCAACAGUCCUCUCUCAGCCCAAACUGCACAGGAGACUGUUUACUAAAGAGGAUUUCCUGUGACAAUAAGGGAACUCUCUAUUGCACUAAAGGAAUCAGUUUGCACUGCAGGACUCGACAUAUGAGCCUGGAAUCAAUGUUUGAUUUGUGAAAUGGAAGAGCAUUUGAAUUUUUUUUUUUGAACAAUCUAUGUUGUGUAAAUGACAUUUUGUUUUCUGAUACUAUUUUUCUAACUAUGUUUGCACCACUUGAUUGUAGCAGGUAUCCAAAAUCUCUUCUUGUCUACUCUCAAAGGGAUUAUAAGCAAUGUUAGCUGUGGCAUUUCAUCAUUCAGGGAACAUUUAAUUUUUCAGAUGAAAACCACAUCAGGGAUGUGUCUGUUUAGAUGCGUAGUCCUUUGAGUAAAACAAGUUGCUCCAUAGCUUUAAAUUAGUCAUCUAGUCAUCUUGUAGUUGUAAUAUUUGUACAAGAUGUGCCUAUAUCAUAAAAACAAAAUAAAAACUUGAAAUCCAUCUUUAUUUUAAUGCAACUUAGCUUUUAUGCAUAUUCACAUUUUAGGGCAGGCAAAUGUAUGGCAUCAAAUUUAAAGACAGGAUAGGUUAGUUUUGGUUCCUGCAUUACACUCAUUCUUUAUUUGGGAUUCUCACUUCAAUGUGUUCCACAUGCCACAUUUUCUUUUUCUCCACCUCUUAGAUUUAGAGUUUUCUCGGUGCCUGUAGUCCAUCGUGGGGGAUUUGUAUUCUAAAAAUACCCAGAACUUUCCAUCUUCCACCAAUAGGUUAAUUUUAGUAUGGUCUCUAAUCAUAACCUGUUUUCCACAUGUGUUGUAUUUGGAAUAACUCUAAAAUUCUGCACAAAAACAAGCUAUUAUUUCUUCAGACAUAGUUGGCAUUAUUCAAUUUCAUCAGCUACAACAAAUAACUUCUACAGCUAUGCAGAUUUUCUUAGUACAGGGUUUUUAUUACUUUAAGAGAAGCAUUGCAAUUCAUUCUGCCCUGGGGUUGCUCGUGUUGUUUAAAGAUAUUGACCUAAAAUCCUCCUUACCCGAACCUAGACAAUCCAACUCAACUAAAAAGCCAUCAAUUCUAAAAUUCAAUCAAUAUUUUCAUGAAAAUCUGGUUUCAUCCACUUUAUCCUGCAGACAAAUUGGAAUAUCUUUGUGCAGAAUCUUAACUGAAAAAAGUGCUCUUUCACUCAAAGUCAAAGAGGUUUCUUCAAAAUUAAGUCAUUAAUUUUAACCAAUCAGACACUUCCUUCAUAAAUAUAAAGCUAUAGUUAUCUCUUGUUCUUCCUGUAAACUUUAUACAGGGACUGUUGAUUUUUUUUUUUUUUUGGUUAGUUCACAAAACUUUUCAAAAAGCAUUUUGCUGAUCUUCAUUAACAAUGCACCUGAUUUCACACUGUAUUUUGGGAAAGUAGAUUUUAAAGUCAAAGAUUCUGCCAUAUUUCUUACAAAUAAGAUUUUGUUUCUUUCAAAAGUUUUGUAUUCAUAAAAGUUUUUGAACACCUUGUAAUAGAUUUGAAAUUGUAUCUAGAUACAAUCUUAAAUUCAAACAAAAGGGCUAUAGAAUUAUUAAAUGAUUUUUACU